GCGAGAGGCCGGCCGGGAGGGGAGCAAGCCUGCUUUCUCUGGAGUCCGGAGCUGCGGAGGACUAAGCAGAGCGACCGGAACGCGGCGCCUGCGGGGAGCCGGGGCUGCAACAGCCGCGCCGCGCCAUGAGGGCCUCGGGAUCUCGAUGAGGAACUAAGGCACCUGCCUGCUGACCACCCCAGCCUGCAGUGACAAUGGCCCUCCGCAAGAGGAGCCACCAUGGCUUGGGUUUCCUGUGUUGCUUUGGGGGCAGUGACCUCCCUGAGAUCGACCUUCGGGACAGCCACCCAUUGCAGUACCUGGAGUUCUCCAGUCCCAUCCCAAACCCAGAGGAGCUCAACGUCCGAUUUGCAGAACUGGUGGAUGAAUUGGAUCUCACAGACAAAAACCGGGAGGCUGUGUUUGCGCUGCCUCCUGAGAAGAAAUGGCAGAUCUACUGCAGCAAGAAGAAGGAGCAGGAGGACCCCAACAAGCUGGCAACCAGCUGGCCUGACUAUUACAUCGACCGCAUCAACUCCAUGGCUGUGGUGCAGAGCCUGUACACAUUUGAUGAGGAGGAAAUGGAGAGGAGAAACCAAGUUGUGGAAGACCUGAAGACAGCCCUGCGGACACAGCCCAUGAGGUUUGUGACCCGCUUCAUAGAGCUAGAGGGCCUGACCUGUCUACUGAAUUUCCUCCGGAGCAUGGACCACGCCACGUGUGAGAGCCGCAUCCACACCUCUCUCAUCGGCUGCAUCAAGGCACUGAUGAACAACUCCCAGGGGCGGGCACACGUGUUGGCACAGCCUGAGGCCAUCAGUACCAUCGCCCAGAGUCUGCGCACAGAGAACAGCAAGACCAAGGUGGCGGUGCUGGAGAUCCUGGGUGCUGUGUGCCUCGUGCCUGGAGGCCAUAAGAAGGUGCUGGAGGCUAUGUUACAUUACCAGGUGUAUGCAGCGGAACGCACGCGCUUUCAGACCCUGCUGAAUGAGCUAGACCGAAGCUUGGGCCGGUACCGGGAUGAAGUGAACUUGAAAACAGCCAUCAUGUCGUUCAUCAAUGCCGUCCUCAAUGCCGGGGCUGGAGAGGAUAACCUGGAGUUCCGCUUGCAUCUCCGGUAUGAGUUCCUGAUGCUGGGAAUUCAGCCAGUUAUCGACAAACUCCGGCAACAUGAGAACGCCAUCCUGGACAAGCAUUUAGACUUCUUUGAGAUGGUCCGAAAUGAGGAUGACCUGGAACUAGCCCGGAGGUUUGACAUGGUCCACAUCGACACAAAGAGCGCCUCCCAGAUGUUUGAGCUGAUUCACAAGAAGCUGAAGCACAACGAAGCCUACCCCUGCCUGCUCUCUGUGCUACACCACUGCCUCCAGAUGCCUUACAAACGGAAUGGUGGCUUCCAGCAGUGGCAGCUCCUGGACCGCAUCCUCCAGCAGAUCGUCCUUCAGGAUGAGCGGGGCAUGGACCCUGACCUGGCUCCACUGGAGAACUUCAAUGUCAAGAACAUAGUUAAUAUGCUCAUCAAUGAGAAUGAAGUGAAACAGUGGCAGGACCAGGCAGAGAAGUUCCGGAAAGAACACAUGGAGCUUGUGAGCCGGCUGGAGAGAAAGGAACGGGAAUGUGAGACAAAAACAUUGGAAAAGGAAGAGAUGAUGCGGACCCUGAACAAGAUGAAGGACAAGCUGGCCCGGGAGUCUCAGGAGCUUCGCCAGGCUCGGGGACAAGUGGCAGAGCUGGUAGCCCAACUCACUGAAAUCUCAACAGGCCCUGUGUCUGCCCCGCCUCCUCCCGGAGGCCCACUCACCUUGUCAUCCUCCACAACAACCAAUGACCUGCCUCUUCCCCAUCCCCCCCACCACCCCUCCCCUCCCGGAGGGCCUCCCAUCCCCCUGGGUGUCCCGCCCUGCUUCAGCAUGGGCCCGCCUCUGGCUCAGGACCCCUUCCCCAACAACAAUGCCCCACUCAGGAAGAAGCGUGUCCCCCAGCCUUCCCACCCGCUGAAGUCCUUCAACUGGGUCAAGCUGAAUGAGGAGCGUGUCCCUGGUACCGUGUGGAAUGAGAUUGAUGACUUGCAGGUGUUUUGGAUUCUGGACCUAGAAGAUUUUGAAAAAAUGUUCUCCGCCUAUCAGAGGCAUCAGAAAGAGCUGGGCUCCACGGAGGACAUCUACAUGACCGCCCAUAAGGUCAAAGAGCUGUCAGUCAUCGAUGGGCGGAAGAUCCAGAAUUGCAUUAUUCUUCUCUCCAAGUUGAAGCUUUCUAAUGAAGAGAUCCGGCAGGCCAUCCUGAGGAUGGAUGAGCAGGAAGACCUUGCCAAGGACAUGCUGGAGCAGCUCCUCAAGUUCAUCCCGGAGAAGAGUGACAUUGACCUUCUGGAAGAACACAAACAUGAGAUUGAGCGGAUGGCCCGUGCAGACCGCUUUCUCUAUGAAAUGAGCAGGAUCAACCACUACCAGCAGAGGCUGCAGGCUCUCUUCUUCAAGAAGAAGUUCCAGGAGCGACUGGCUGAGACCAAGCCCAAAGUGGAAGCCCUCCUGCUGGCCUCCCGAGAGCUGACCCUCAGCAAACGUCUGAAGCAGAUGCUGGAGGUGGUCCUAGCCAUCGGUAACUUCAUGAACAAGGGACAGCGUGGGGGCGCCUACGGCUUCCGGGUUGCCAGCCUCAAUAAGAUCGCAGAUACCAAGUCCAGCAUUGACAGGAACAUCUCUCUGCUCCACUACCUGAUCAUGAUCCUGGAGAAACACUUUCCUGACAUCCUAAACAUGCCAUCGGAGCUACAGCACCUCUCAGAAGCUGCCAAAGUCAACCUGGCUGAGCUGGAGAAGGAGGUGGGCAACCUCAAGAGGGGCCUCCGAGCGGUGGAGGUGGAGUUGGAAUAUCAGAGACACCAGGUGCGGGACCCCAAUGAUAAGUUCGUCCCUGUCAUGAGUGACUUCAUCACUGUGUCCAGCUUCAGCUUCUCAGAGCUGGAGGACCAGCUCAAUGAAGCCAGAGAUAAGUUUGCCAAGGCUCUGGUGCACUUUGGGGAGCAGGAGAGCAAGAUGCAGCCGGAUGAAUUCUUUGGAAUCUUUGAUACCUUCCUGCAGGCCUUCUUGGAGGCCCGACAGGACCUGGAGGCCAUGAGGAGGAGGAAGGAGGAGGAGGAGCGGCGGGCACGCAUGGAAUCCAUGUUGAAGGAGCAGCGUGAGAAGGAGAGAUGGCAACGGCAGAGGAAGGUCCUGGGGGACAGCGCGCUGGAGGAGGGCGGCGAGUUUGACGACCUGGUGUCAGCCCUGCGCUCUGGCGAAGUUUUUGACAAGGACUUAAGCAAGUUCAAGCGCAAUCGCAAGCGAUCAGGGAGCCAGGCCCCAGAGGUCACCCGCGAGCGGGCGAUUAACAGGCUACAUUAUUGACCUGGGGACUGCGGUCUGGCCAUGAAGCAGGAGGCCUGGAGACAGAGACAGGGAAAGGGGGUUGAGCAGAGGAGGUGGUGACUGAAGCAAUUUGGAGCUAGAUUUGGAGCCCUGGGCUGGGUCCUGGGGGGCUAGGUGUGGCUUGACCAGGUGUCUCCCCACACUGCCUGCCUCUCAUCUCCCCUUUACUUCUUUCUCUCUCCUCUCUCUGUCUGUCUCUCUCUCCCCCACACUCUCUCUUACUCUCUGAGACAGGCCCUGGUUUCAGGGUGAGGGGACCCCUGUCUCUCACACCUCAUGUUAGCACAGAACUGUUGUAGAUCUGGAAGAUUAUGGAUCUUCCGGACAGUGGUAGGAGAUGGUGGGGUGGUACCUGAGAACCAGAAAGAGGCUCCUAUCUGAAGAUGAUGCAAUAGAAUGGACCCUAGGAGCCAACUUCCCUCUUGGGUAGAAACUAAAGAGGUUUUAUAUCUUCUAGCAAGAUCUAGCCUGUUCCAGAAAACCAAAUGUUGAGAGGAUGCUACAGGGACCAGGGCCAGCAGGCCAUAUCAGUGCUUUAAUCUAGGGGCCUCUCCCUCCUUCCCUAACCACCUCCACCCCAGUUACUAAUCUUCUGUUCCAAAAUGGGUUUCUAGAACUCUGGUUCACUACCAGGUAUGAGAUGGAUCUGAUAAGCAAGGAAUUGGGGGUUUCUAAGAGCCUCCUUCAUCACCUCACUUUAGGUUCAGGCAUGGGGGCUCUGCCACAUCCAGGGUUCACCCCAACCACUGUCCUAAAGAGAGACAGUGACUUGGAUUCCCAGUAGCCCCUCACCAGAGGGUAACACUUGAAUGCCUCACUUCCCCGGAUAUCCCUUUCUCUAAUACCUCCCCCAAGGCAGAAGCAACGGUGACUUCUGAGUCUCCAUCCGCAGGUCACAUGGAGCCCCCUGUACCUGGGUGCAGAUGGUCUUGCAGAGCUGAUCCUGAGGGCCAGAACUGUCCUCUGCAUUAAUGUGUCACUUUGAGGAAGACAUUGAGACUGGGGUUAAGAGCAGGCAGAUGCUGGGGAGUUGGGGUGGAGAUGGGAGAGAGCAGACUUCCUUGGGUAGGGACUUGUUUCCCACUAGGUGCUCAGCUUGGUUUUUCAAUUGGAUCGGCAUGGGCCUAUUCUGACCCUCCUGUCCACACUCACCUUCUGUCAUCUUCAGCUGCCCUUGAUGGUACUAGUGGGGUGGGACUACUUUAUCUGGGGAGGAGUUCUUUGAAAUGGAGCAGGGUGAGGUCAUCUCUUGAAGCUCUUGUUUUCAGUAUAUCCCUUUCUCUUCUUGAAACCAGCCCUGAUCACCAUCCACCAGCCCCUGGCCCUUCUGAUCAAAUUCCCUGGUUCAGGGUCAUUGCCAGGGGACAGGUGAGUGGGGUACUCACUUUUCUAACUGCUUGUCUUCUGUCUUUUUCUACAUGAGAUUCCUGGGGGUGGGACCACAGUAGCUUCCAGGGUAGAAAUGCAGAACUGGUUAGCCUAGCAUGUGCGUUGGUUUAGGGAGUAGAUACUUGUGUUCUGGAGGGACAGAUCUCAGCAAGUGGAAACUGGUCAGUACAGAUGUGAAAAAACCAUCCCAAGAGAGCAAGAGGAAGACUUCUAGGAGGAACAGCUGCAGAGAUUCAUCACACCCACCUGCACAUCGGAGGCAGGCUCUGAGAUGGAGGAGAGGCCAGCAGCAGCUUCCCAUCCUCUUCCAAACCGGCCAGGCUGUCAGGGAGCAGGGAACAGGCUGUGAAGGUUCCACCUGUCUGACAGGCAUGUUCAAGUCCUGACAUUCCCACCUACCAUAGAAGACCGGAUAUGAACAAAACAAGAAGGAAGCUAUUUGAAGACACUUUGGAUCCUCAGAGAAGCAGAGUCUGGCAUUGUUCGGGAGCCCAGUCUCCUCACCCCGCAAAGACUGUUGCCCUCUCUAUUUAUUAUAAUUUUCUAAAUCUGACCAGUGGCUCUGGUACUACAUGCCACUGUAACCAGAUUUCAACAGUGCCUUGCACCGUGGACCACUGUGAGCAACUUGGCAGGAAGGGGCUGUGCCCAAUGGAGGUGACUGACCUGGUCCUUGAUGUUAAGUGAUUAAGCCUAACCCCAGUGGUCUACCGCCUCUCCUGACACCUGGGGAUCAAAUGCUCCAGUUAACUUUGUGCCUGAUGUAAAAUUCACACUACUCCACCCAACACAAUCUUCAGCGACAGUGACUUCCUUCCCACAAUGGAAAUUUGUCCAGGGAGUGUGGAAGGACAUUCUCCAGGUGGGUGGGGAAAGGAGUGGGCCCUCUCCACCCCCUUCCACUGUCCAUCAAUUGACCAUCUCUCCCGCCCUCUACCAGGGGCAUCUGCCAACCUUUUGCCAAGGCAGCUCUCAUUAGCUGCUGCAGACAAGGCCCUUGUACAAAAUCUACAGUGUCCUUUUUACCUGCACCUUUUUUAUAAGAAUAUAAUACUAAAAAAAUAUUAAAUCCAUACCAUCUCCCUCCCCCCAA